AAGUGAGAACGCAACGCAGUGUAGGAGGAGCAGUGAGAUAGGCUCGGAGUCGGAAGGUCUAGAAUGUAGGCGUCCUGGUCGGCUGCUCGCAUCUUGCUCACGGGAAUAUCGAACGCGCGACAGCGGGCUGCUGAACUCCACGCUUCAGCAGCUUUGGAAGGGAGCGGUCUCUGACUCACCCAGCUUGCUGCGGAGAGCCGGGCCAUCUGUCGAUACUCCUCUGGAUUCGUGGGGCCCGCACGUAGGAGGAACACGGCCCGAAACAGCGACUGCUCAAUAUGACGACCACAAUGAACAACCUUCUAUCUAAACUUGGCAUUAAUUCGUCGUCAUCGUCGUCGUCCUCGAACGGGAAUAAGAAAAGUUCUUCUUCUGAAGAGGUGCUCUCGAUAUCGACACCGUUCCGGGUUUGUCAUGAGGUCCACGUCAAGUACAAUCCCGACUCCGGCUCCGUCGAAGGUUUGCCUCCGGAAUGGGUGAAAUUGUUGAAGGAGGCGAACAUAUCGAAAAACGAACAGAAAAAAAACCCACAAGCAGUAGUUCAAGCCAUAGAUUUCUAUGAGCACAAUAUUAAGGACAACGCAACUCACGCCAAAUUCCUCAAAAAGCAAAGCCUCGAGGACGAUGACGACCCUCCGCCUCCUCCGCCCCCGAAACACGCUACGGGAACUCCGAAACCCUUGAAACGAACAGUGGUUAAGGAACUGCCAGUUUAUGACAAUGUCAAACCACUCAUUCCUCCGGAACGACGACCUCGAGACAAAGACAAGAAGGAUUCCCCUCCGGAUCUCGACAAGGUCAAUGAGAAUCAACCUCCCGAGAAGACAAAGCCCUCGCUCCGACCUAAGAAGCGGCAGACCAUGUCACAGGAAGAGGCGAUUAGGAGGUUGCAAGAAGCCGUUGAUCAAGGCGACCCGAAAUCGAGAUAUACGUUGAUUUCCAAAGUCGGGUCUGGGGCCUCCGGCGUCGUGUACAAAGCAAUGGACCAGCAAACUCGGUGUCAGGUGGCCAUCAAAGUGAUCGAUCUUUCUCAACAACCCAAAAAAGAACUGAUCUUGAAUGAGAUCCUCGUGAUGAAAACCUCGAGCCAUCCUAACCUGGUCAACUACCUCGCCUCCUAUCUGGUCAACGACAACGAUCUCUGGGUGGUCAUGGAAUACUUGGACGGCGGUCCGUUGACGGACGUCGUCUGCGAGACAAUCAUGAAGGAUUCCCAGAUGGCUGCUGUGUGCAAGGAAACUCUCAAGGCCUUGAAGCACCUACAUUCUCGAGGAAUAAUCCAUCGAGAUCUGAAGAGCGACAAUGUUCUUCUGGGAAUGGACGGAUCUGUCAAAAUAACAGAUUUCGGCUUCUGCGCCCAAAUUUCGAACCCGAAUGAGAAACGCAUCACCAUGGUCGGCACACCGUACUGGAUGGCGCCGGAGGUUGUGGCCAAGAAACAGUAUGGGAACAAGGUGGAUGUUUGGUCGCUCGGAAUCAUGAUUGUGGAAAUGAUCGACGGACAACCGCCUUACCUGAACGAAACUCCUCUGAAAGCACUGUUCCUAAUUACUUCCAACGGGAAGCCCGAAAUCAAGGGUGACAACCUCUCGCCGCAACUUCGGGACUUCCUUGACAGGUGCCUCGAAGUCGAUGUGACGAAACGAGCGACAGCUGAGGAGCUCCUGAGUCAUCCGUUCUUGGACAAUGCGUGCCCUUUGAGUCAGAUAGUGCCCCUGAUCAAGGCUGCGAAAAAAGUGCUCAACAAAAGUUGAUUCGACUGUUUAGAGUUUCGAUGACUUUUGAGAAUUACGAUAGGCACGUUUUGUUCACGGUGUGCUUCUUGGAAUGCGUGAGAAUGUGUGUUGAUCUUUCAAUUAAGGCUUAUCCAAUAUUCUCUAGGUUUUAGGCUAAGCAAGUGGGUGAUAUCAGGAGUGGAGCUGUCUGAAUGACGACAAUUUUAGGGAGACAGGUUUGAGUUCUGAACAAAUAUGAGGAUUCAGGUACAUUUCGACACAAGGUCUUGAUUGCGACUUACUUAACCUUGCUGUGCUCCGCGCGGGGAGUGCGAGUCAAGCGGCGACAACCACCACAUCGAAUCUUUGUUUGCAGUAUUUGCAAGAACCACAGAUUAUGCUAGGUAUCGUUCCCUCAGCAGCAGGGAAGGAAUAUACGGCUCCCUGGGUCGCGACGGUGCAUAUCCUUCCAGACGUAUCUAUUGGGGACCUUCGGUCGCCGUUGGGGUAUUGUGCGAUGUCUAGAGGAGAAUUGGUAACGAUAUUUCGAUGUAUAGACUUCUCCGAUGAGGCGGCUUAGUUCAUGGAAACCGCCAAAGCCAAACUUGUGUCAGCCCUUUUUUCCCUUCGGAUGUUCAGGUUUAGAUGCUCUAAUCCGGACAGAUCGAAUUUUUUACUUAAUUCUCUAGUCUGCGUCUCCCGAGAGCAAUCUCUGAGCGGAAUGGACCAUGAUGAUGGGUUUUUUGAGCAGAUUGGGAUUCUCAGUCACGUUCUGCAAAUAUGAAUACGACGAUAUUUUUCUCAGGAAAAUCAGUGCCUCCCCUCGACCAAGCCGGAGUGAAUCCGUGGUACCUAAUUCAUUAGAAUCAGAGUCGAGUGUUCCACAGACUACGUACCUUAGCUCGGGAGAAACCAUGAAGCCAAUAAAACGACCAUACCACAU